CAACAACGUUAUCCUCUAACAAAGAACCUCCUCCCGUUAUCCAUUGCCGUCCACAUAUUUCUGUCGAACAACAAACGCCUCAUGGAUCCUCCAUCCACCGACCUUCCAAAACCCCCAGUCCCUUAUGUUGAGGGCUGGGUUUUCACCGCUGAGUCACACAUUCCUCCACCGCCUACACCAGUAACCAAAGACUGUUGCCGCAAUUUUCAAACUGGCAGGGCAGAGAGAAGACAAUUUCAUCCACUUGAGCGGUGCUUGCGGCAUCCUCCUUUGCCAGGAAGCAUGGGAUCAUGCAUCGUCGACUUGAAGAUUCUUGAUUUAUUGAGGGUCGGGGAUGGCUGCAAUGCGCAAGUUUUCACUGUUGAGGUUCUUGAAGUUAGACCUCAUCCUCCAUGCUUUCAGUCAGAUAGAGCAUUGGUUGCCAAAAUAUACGACCCUCUUUAUUUCGAUGAUGAAGAAGGAUUUCUUAAUCCUUUUCUUUGUGUGGACAAACACUAUACCCACGAAACCCAUGCAUAUGAUGUUCUGUCUGAGUCACAGGGGAAACAAGUACCCAGGUUCUACGGAUCGUAUUCAUUGAAUAUUGCUGUUGAGGGGUCUAAAAUCCGGACUGUUCGACUUAUUCUGCUGGAGUAUAUACCAGGGAUAUCAAUGCAACAAGCCAAUCCACAAAAGUUUUCUUGCCAUUCUCGCCAAGAGAUCAUGAAAUCGGUUAUCAACUUCGAAAGUCGAGUGUAUGAGCAAAAUAUUUUACUCACGGAUCUAAGCCCUAGAAAUGUCAUCAUGGUAGAGAAGCCCGGUUUUGAUUCAAAACAAAAUCUCCUGUUCCUUGACUUUGCUGGUGCUCUUUUCGGUCGGAGAAGAAAUGAUCCAGUCGCUAUUGAAUCAAACCUGUUCCUUGGUCAGUACAUUUCACCUCUUCUACGGUGGAAUAAAACUAUGGCUAUGCAAUUCAAUGACUGGAUUGAUUGGGAUUGGGAAGCCUGGAUUGAAGCCGAGUACGCUUAUACUACUACAACAAUCACACCGGAAAUGUGGGACACAUACGGUCGAUGACUUGUCGCUAUCGUUGCUCACGUCUCGCGCGGUAGAGGCCCAUCGUGGGAGGCCUUAUUUACCAAUCUAAUGCUUGCUUUUUUCUUCAUACUUGAUCUCGGUAAUCGCAUCUGAUGACGAGAAUGCCGGUUAUAACGCUGAACGCGUAUGUGGAUCUCCAGAGAUUGCUAAGGAGAGGUGCAAAUAGUUGACAGGGGCAUGCUGGCGAGACGAUGCCGCUAGAAUAGUUUGAAAUCAAAAGGAGAAUACGGAUCAGCAAUAAGGUGCCAAGAAUAUAUUUGAUAAAUAUCACACUUGGUAGUUUAUAAACAUUUAGAUCUGACUGUCAAAGUUCAGGUUCAAGCCGUUUUGUGAUCUGAUAGAAGUGUAAAAUCGGAUAGCUUUCUACAACUGGGGCAGAAUUCAUCCAGCACCCGGAAUUUCUAAUUUUCCAGAUGCAAAGGCAAGGAUUGAGUAAACCAAUCAUUUGCUUUGAUUUAACAAAGUACAACCAGGAACAAACUGUACAAAUGAAAAUCUAACAUGGGCAUCAGAUAGUAAAUACAGGCCGGCAGCACAUAGAAGGAGCCGUCUCCGAUUCCAUUGCAUUCUGAAUGAUAUUGUUAUCCUUCAGAAACAAUGCAGUCAGACACGAUGUUUUGACUUCUUUCUCUGUUCUGAAGCGCCGUUUCAGCUAGUUGCAAUAUAUCUCGGAACAGUGAUUGUGGGUCUUCAGGCUUGCGUCUUUUUGAAGAAUAAACU